AACACCAUUUCAUAAUGAAAUUUUCAUUCAAUUUAUUUCAACCAUAAGUUCAAGUUACGGAUAAUAAAUUGUUACGAAGUGUAGUUAUAUAUAAAACUUGAUUUAAUAAGCUUCUAACUGAAAGAAAAUAACAUCGACUAUAAUGAAUAACGUCCCCGAAAACGCACCUAACCAUUGCCCGGGAACCCAGAGCGAGGACGCGGGGAAGGCCUCGGCUUGUGCAGGUUGUCCCAAUCAGAACAUUUGCGCGUCAGGUGUGCCGGCGGGACCAGAUCCAGCAAUAGAGUUGAUAAAGAACCGUCUCAGUAAUGUGAAGCACAAGAUACUGGUGCUGUCGGGCAAGGGGGGUGUGGGCAAGAGCACUGUCACAUCCCUACUGGGGCACGGCCUUGCUGCAAGGUUCCCUGACAAGAAUAUCGGCAUCCUGGACGCAGACAUCUGUGGGCCGAGUCUGCCGCGCAUGCUCGGCGUGCGCGGCGAACAAGUGCACUACUCCGGCUCGGGGUGGUCACCAGUCUACGUGGCGGACAAUCUGUCCCUGAUGUCUAUCGGGUUCCUGCUGGGCAGCCCCGACGACGCCGUCAUAUGGAGGGGGCCCAAGAAAAAUGGUAUGAUCAAGCAGUUCCUGAGCGAGGUGGAGUGGGGCGAACUGGACUACCUGCUCAUUGACACGCCGCCAGGCACGUCGGACGAGCACCUGUCGGCGGUGGAGUACCUGCGCGGCGCGGGGCUGUCGGGCGCGCUGGUGGUGAGCACGCCGCAGGAGCUGGCGCUGCUGGACGUGCGCAAGGAGCUUUCCUUCUGCGCCAAGCUCGGCGUGCGUCUGCUCGGCGUGAUCGAGAACAUGUCUGUCUUCAUCUGCCCCAACUGCAAGAGCCGCAGCGAGGUGUUCCCCGCGACGACGGGCGGCGCGGCGGCGCUGUGCGGGGCGGGGGGUGCGGCGGGGGGCGAGGGGGGCGCGCCGCUGCUGGGCGCGCUGCCGCUGGAGCCGCAGUUGGCGCGCGCCUGCGACGCGGGCGAGAGCUAUCUGCAGCGCCACGCGCCCGCCUCCGCUACCGUUGCCGCGCUACAACACAUCUUGGACAAAAUCGUGGCGGCGUGCGAAGGCAGCAGUUGAAUGUAUACAAGUUAUUCUUCUGUGGACUGUUUACUUAAAAGACCAGACAAAUGCAAUGUAAUGUUAAGUUUUUGCGAAAAUAACUUAUGUGAGAGUUUUUAUUAACCUAUACUAUGACGAUGUCCCUAUAAGUUAAAUCAAAUAUAUUAUGUAUGUUGUUUCCAUGUAAGCUAGUCAAUAUGUAAAAUUAAUUAA